AUCUGUCCAUGCAGCAAGAUCAUUCAUCAGAUUUAGUGUUUUAUCUUGUUUUUAAACACCUUUUUUGCAGUGUGUCAAAUCUGUAUGAGUAGUUGAGAGCUACCUUAAUACCAUGGAGACAGUAAAAGGACUCAGACAGGUGGAAACACAAUGGAUCCUGAGGAGAAACAAAGGUGAGGAGCACAAGGAGGUGUGUGAAGGAGGAGGAUGGUGAAGGAGGAGAAAGAUCUGCUGCUGCUGAGUGAGUUAGAGGAGAAAGAGAAGAGAGAGACGGAGUGAGAGAGCUGCUAUUGUGAGUCCUCCUGCAGCAUCACAGUGGCCUUGAGAGAUGAAGAGCAGGGAGGAGGAGGAGGAGGAGGAGGAGGAGGAGGCCAGCAUUCCUCCUCAACACAAGAGCUGAAAACUCCACACAGCACCUCCUCCUCCUCCUCCAGCCUCCUGCAGGAUUAACAGCAGCAGUACCAGGGUUACAGUCAGAGGGGAGCAGGCUGAGGUUCAGUCCUCCCCGGGGAGAAACCGUUGGCUGCUCCUCGUUUAAGAACCAGACAGACAGACGAGGAGCAACACAGAGACUCACCAUGACAGAACCUCCGCUGAAAAAACAAGGAUUUAAAAAGUGUCGGAGCGCAACGUUCAGCAUCGACGGCUUCAGCUUCACCAUCGUUGCCAAUGAAGCGGGGGAAAAUAAACGCCGUCCUCUGGCCCACUUUGCACGCUCCAGAUCCCAGAAUGCACUCUGCUCCGCUAUCACAGCCGGGAUCGGCCUCACCGAACACAAAGGGGUCCUGAUGGACCCGCGCAGCAACGAGGAGAUUCUGGCUGAUGAGCUGCCGAUCCUCGACGCCCCUGAUGCCAUGGAGAAAACUGCUAUCAGGUUGCGGUGCCUGGUGAAGCAGCUGGAGAGGGGCGAGGCCUCUGUGGUGGACCUGAAGAAGAACCUGGAGUAUGCUGCCUCGGUCCUUGAAUCUCUGUUCAUUGAAGAAACAAGGCGGAUGGUGGAUCCAGAAGAUGAGCUGAACGACAUCCAGUCAGACUCGGUGCCGUCGGAGGUUCGGGACUGGCUCGCUUCCACGUUCACUCGUCAGAGGACUCUGAUGCUGCGGCGGAACGAAGACAAGCCUCGCUUCCGCAGCAUCGUCCAUGUAGUCCAGGCUGGCAUCUUUGUGGAGAGGAUGUACAGAAGAACCUCCAACAUGGCCGGUAUUAGCUAUCCCCAAAAUGUCAUCACUGUGCUCAAGCAUGUGGACAUGUGGUCCUUUGAUGUGUUUGCACUGAAUGAUUCUAGUGGAGACCACGCACUGAAAUUUGUUUUCUACGAGCUGCUCACCAGAUACGACCUGAUCAAUCGUUUCAAGGUCCCUAUUUCUGCUCUAAUAUCAUUUGUGGAGUCGUUGGAGGUGGGCUAUAGCAAACAUAAAAACCCCUACCACAACCUAAUGCACGCUGCUGACGUCACACAGACCAUCCACUACCUGCUCCUCAAGACUGGCAUGGUGCACUGGUUGACUGAGUUGGAGAUCUUUGCCAUCAUUUUUGCAGCUGCCAUCCAUGACUAUGAACACACAGGGACCACCAAUAACUUCCAUAUUCAAACCAGGUCGGACACAGCCAUGUUGUACAACGACCGAGCGGUUCUGGAGAACUACCACGUCAGCGCUGCCUAUCGCCUCCUGCAGGGAGACAACGACAUGAACAUCCUCUCUAAUCUCUCUAAAGACGACUGGAGAGAGCUGAGGACUCUGGUGGUGGAGAUGGUUUUGGCCACUGACAUGUCCUGCCACUUCCAGCAGAUCAAAGCCAUGAAGAGCCUCCUGCAGCAGCCAGAGGCGAUUGAUAAACCGAAGGCCUUGUCCCUGCUGCUGCACACCGCCGACAUCAGCCACCCGGCCAAACGCUGGGACCUCCACCACCGCUGGACCACGUCCCUGCUGGAGGAGUUCUUCAGACAGGGAGAUAAAGAAGCAGAGCUGGGUCUACCUUUCUCUCCUCUGUGUGACCGCAAAUCUACCUUGGUGGCUCAGUCCCAGAUCGGAUUCAUUGACUUCAUUGUGGAGCCGACCUUCAGCGUGUUGACGGAGAUGAUCGAGAAGAUCGUGACGCCACUGAUUGAGGAGGCGUCUCGCUCCGGACUGGGGAGCUUCAGACGCUCUAGUGUCAACAGCACCAGUGGCAGUGAUGGGAAGCAUUCCAGUGUGAAGAGCUGUGGCUCUGAUGUGAGCUGCUCUCUGACCACCGUCGACUUCAAGAGCUUCAAGGGAACCUGGAACCAGGAGAUCCUCCACAACAGAGAGACGUGGAAGGCCCAGGCAGACAGAGACUCUAAUGAAAACGUGAAUAAGGAGGCCGGGGAGGAGGGAGGUCAGACAGUAAAGGACACAGAGGAGGUGAAAGAGUUGACAACAUCCACCUCAGGACAGGAGGAGGUGACAGCAGAGGAGGAGGAGGAGAGCAGGAGGCAGCAGGAGGAGCAACCAGCUGAAGAGGAGGAAGGAAACAGAACCAGAGAAGGAGCAGCAGGAGCAGCUCACAGAGACUCUGAGAAACCUGACAGCCCAACAGAGAAGAAGAAGAAACAUCUGAAAGGCCGUCAGACCGACUGCCCUCUGAUCCAUUACUGCAAGAGAUCCAGCUGCUCCGCCAGCUCCUACCGCCUGGUCAGGUCAAAGGUCACAGAGAUGCGUCCCAUUGAUGCCAGGGGGAAAGCCAGGAGGCUGCAGAGGAUCUCCCUACGCCGCAGAAAGUGACCUGAUAGGAGGAUCUGACUUCAGCGUGAUCACAUGAUGACAGACCUUCACAUGAUAAUCAGUCUUUGUCAGACAGUCUAGAUCAGGGGUCUCAAACUCUAAUUACUGGGGGCCGCUGGAGGCUCUAUCACAAUGAGCAAAAAAAGACACUAAAUUACUAAAAAAAGACACAAAAUGAUCAAAAACGACACAAAAUGACUUAAGAAAGACACAAAAUUACCAAAAAAGACGCAAAAUUAUCAAAAAAAGACACAAAAUUACUUAAAGAAGACACAAAAUGAUCAAAAACGACACAAAAUGACUUAAAAAAGACACAAAAUGACCAAAAAAGACGCAAAAUUAUCAAAAAAAGACACAAAAUUACUAAAAGAAGACACAAAAUGAUCAAAAAUGACACAAAAUGACUUAAAAAAGACACAAAAUGACCAAAAAAGACGCAAAAUUAUCAAAAA